AGUAUAAAAAGAAUGGCAUUUGGUUCAGUCUCGUCUUUCUAAACCAUAACUCAACUCAGCCUUCAACAUCUUCUCUCUCCACAUCCUAACAACUCACUCUCAACUCAACAUCAACUCCAGGUACUGGAUGGUCCAUUUAUCCGCUGCUUCAUUUCCAAGUACUUUCAGUGAGAAGACUCCCAGCUUUAAGAAAGCCUCUGCAAAUUGAGAGAGUUCACUGAACUAAAGAAAGAUAAAGGAAGAAAGGAACUCAUUUUUCUUUUCUUAGCUUACGGCCAAGAGUUCUUUGACAAGGGUAACACUUGGUGGGGGUGGGAUUUCGAGUCAGUGAUGCGAUCAGGAGGUUGUGCUGCAAAUCAGACCUUCACACCAGAGGCUGCUUCAGUGCUGAAGCAAUCUCUGAGCUUGGCGAGAAGGAGAGGCCAUGCUCAGCUUACUCCUCUCCAUGUGGCUGUUACUUUAUUCAGCUCAAGGAGUAGUAGCCUCUUAAGGCAGGCAUGUCUAAAGUCUCAGCCAAAUCAAACUUCUCAUCCUCUCCACUGCAGAGCUCUUGAGCUUUGUUUCAAUGUGGCUCUCAAUAGACUCCCAACUACACCAGGUCCACUUUUUCAUGGCCAACCUUCUCUAUCAAAUGCACUUAUUGCAGCGCUCAAAAGAGCUCAAGCAAACCAGAGAAGGGGAUGUCUAGAGCAGCAGCAGCAGCAGCAACAACAACAACAUCAACCAGUUUUAGCCAUUAAGGUAGAAUUGGAGCAGCUUAUAAUCUCCAUUUUGGAUGACCCAAGUGUCAGUAGGGUUAUGAGAGAGGCCGGGUUUUCCAGUACUCUUGUUAAGAGUAACUUAGAGGAUUCCUCAGUUUCCUCUGUUUUUCACUGUUAUGGUAGCUCUGGUGGCAUCUUCUCUUCGCCCUCUUCACCUUCUCGCAAUGAUCAACAUUCUGAUCAAAGAGAUAACAUGAUUUUUAAUCCAGGGGAUUUUUGGCAGACCAAUUUCUUGACUCGCUCUUCUGAGCAAAACCCACUUUCUUUCUCCCCACAAAAGAGAGUAUCCAGCACUAACGCAAUUGCUGAAUCUGCUUCUUCUUUAAAGCUAGAUAUCAAGUUGGUGUUUGAGGCAAUGCUUGGGAGAAAAAGAAAGAAUACUGUCAUCAUUGGUGAUUCUAUCACAAUAAUUGAAGGUGUAAUUUCAGAGCUUAUGGGGAGAGUAGCAAAAGGAGAGGUUCCUAAUGAACUAAAAUCAACCAAAUUUAUUGAUUUUUUGCUGUCCCCUGAUUCGUUGAGCUCCAUGAAAAGAGAAGACAUUGAAAUGAAGGUGACAGAGUUGAGAAGGAACAUUGAUUCCCUAGCAUCAAGAGGGUGGGGAGCCAUAAUAUAUACAGGAGAUUUGAAAUGGAUGGUUGAAACAGAUGUUAUAGAAAGAGAGGAAAGUAGUUUCUCCAACAAAGAACCUUCUGAUUACAGCCAAAUUGAUCACGUAAUUGAAGAAAUUGCUAGGUUAAUAUCUUUCCAUGGAAUUUCUCGCACAAAGUUGUGGCUAGUGGGUACAGCAAGUUAUCAGACUUACAUGAGAUGUCAAAUGAGACAGCCAACUCUCGAGACUCGGUGGGAUCUCCAAGCUGUUCCUGUUCCCUCGGAUGGAGCACUAGGCUUAAGCCUCCACAGUUUCAGUCUUCAUGGCUCGAGGAUGCCUUUCUCCCAGAACCCAUCACAAGUAUGGGAAACAAAGCCAUUCAGUAUUGCUAAAGAGGGCCAAGACAAACUCACUUGCUGCGACUGCUCUUCCAAUCCUGAUAAGGAAGCUCAGCAAUUAAAAUCAAGCCAUCAGAAAGAGUUACCUUCCUGGCUGCAGCCCUUCAGCACCCAAAUAUCCCACCUUAAGAGUCAGGAGAAAUCCACAUUGCACAGCAAUGAAAGUUCCAGUGGAAGUAACUUCCUUAGUUCUUGGCCACAUCCAUUUUCGACCAGGAACAGCAUCUUCCAAGAUUCAAAUACAAUCUGCUUCACUGAACCAGCAGUGAAAGCGUCAAGAAGUUCAAAUCAGAUGCUUCGGUUUAGGCGGCAACAAUCCUGCAUAACUGAGUUCAAUUUCGACAGUGAAAAGCAUAAAUUUCAGGAUGCAACACCAAGUUUGGAUUGUCUCAAGAACAUGGAAGAAGAUAACAAGGAAGUAAACAUUUCUCUCUCUCUAGGUGACUCACUGUUCAAAGAUCCAAAGAAAUUGGCAACUACAAAGAAGAGUGAAGGAAUGACACAAAGAGAUCAUCUGUGCAAAUCAUUGCAAGAGAACGUACCAUGGCAAUCAGAAAUCAUUCCUUCAGUAGCUGAAGCGCUGACUAGUUUCAAAUCAACAAAUAAAGAAAUCUCUUGGAUAAUGAUAGAAGGAGAUGACCAGAUUGGCAAAAGAAGGUUAGCUCGAGCAAUUGCGGAAUCAGUUUUCGGGUCUACUGAACUACUCUGCAAGCUAAAUGCGAGAGGUAACAAUGAGGCAACUCCACCUUCUCAAGUCCUCGAAAAUGUCAUGAAAACACAAGAAAAACUAGUAGUAUUAGUUGAAGACAUCGAUCAGGCAGAUACUCAAUUCAUGAAGUUCCUAGCAGAUGGAUUCCAUGAUGGAGAAUUCGGAGAAAUAGAUGAAAAAGAUGAAACGACUCGCCAAAUCCUAUUCAUUUUGACCAGAGGUGAAGGAAAAGACAAGGAUACAGAUUCCAUAAUCCCAAUGGCACUGAAUAUCGCCAUUAACUCUGGCUUUGGAGCGCUUAGUUUAGACCAAAAGCGAAGAGCCGAAUGGGAAUCCCCAAACAACACAAAGCAUCAAAGAAUAAUCAAAGAAGAGGAAGAAGACACAAACCUUACCAUCGAAACAGCGAAAAUCAACGGAAGCUUAUCGAGGCAAUCAAGCUCGAACAAACUCGACCUAAACCUCGAAGCCGAUGAAGACGAAGAACCGGAAGAAAAAACAGAGGACAGCAUACUUCUCGCUGCCGAUCCAGAAUCCGCAACAUACAACCUCCAAAUCGAGAAGAAAUUUCUCCAGUCAAUUCAGAGCCGCUUUAUUUUCAACCAAACCUCGUCAUCAAGAAGAGAGCAGAGAGAAUCAUUCAAGUCCAAGAUCAUCCGAUCAUUCGAAGGGAUCUUCGGAUCGCAAACACAGGCGAAUUUCAGCGUGGAAGAGAGAGUACUGGAAGCAAUUUCAUCAAGGUCCGAUUCUUUCGUGAACAGCGUGUUUGAAAAAUGGUUGACGGAGAUUUUCGAAAAGAGCUUGCGAGGCGUGGGAUUUGGCGGGCAAGAAGGCGCCGACGUGAGGCUGAGUUUGGGCGGGAAGGAAGAUGAAGGCGCCAUUGAAAAUGGGUUCAUGGGCUCAUCUCUGCCCCAAAUCAUAAGGCUUUCUUUCAUGGAUUGAAUCGCAUUUGGGCUUCUUCUUCUUCUUCUUUAACCGAUCCAUUUAAACCCAAAAUGUUUUCUGUAAUUCUCCUUUUCUUUUUCCUUUA